CUGGUUGUUAAACGACAUGUCGUCUAAACCAAAGAGUCAAGAGUCAACACUCAAAAAUCCAAGUCUUCUUCCUCCUCUUCUUCUUCCUCACAAAUCAAAAACCCAAAAUUUCCUCUCUGCAAUGCGGAAAGCCCCAACCCUAACAAUGUCUCCAAUUCCCAAACUACCCCUCUCCCUCCUCCUCAUCUCCGCCCUUCUCUUCCUCACCGCCUCCUCCUCCUCCUCCUCCCAAUCGGACCUCGUCUCGGAGCUCCAAUCCCUCCAAUCCCGAUCCAAAUCCGGCGUGAUCCGCUUCACCGACCAAUCCGUCUCCCGCUUCCUCACCUCCGCCCCAACCCCCCGCCCCUACUCCCUCCUCAUCUUCUUCGACGCCGCCAAGCUCCACGAAAAACCGGAGCUCCACCUCUCCGACCUCCGCCACGAGUUCUCCCUCGUCGCCGCCUCCUUCAUCGCCAACAGCGCCGACGAAUCCUCGCCGUCCCACUCCAAGCUCUUCUUCGUCGACAUCGAAUUCCAGGACUCGCAGAACAGCUUCGCCCAAUUCGGCGUCAACUCCCUGCCCCACAUCCGCCUCGUCGGGCCGGGUCAGAGCCCGAAAGAGUCCGUCCAGAUGGAGCAGGGCGAUUUCGCCAGACUCGCCGAGUCAAUGUCCGAGUUCAUCGAAUCCAAGACCAAGCUAGUCGUCGGCCCAAUCCAACGCCCGCCGAUGUUCUCCCGGAACCAGAUCAUCCUCGCCGUCAUGGCGUGGCUGAUCUGGACGCCGUUCAUUAUCAAGAAGAUUAUCAACGGCAAGACUCUGCUUCACGACCCCAGGGUUUGGUUGACCGGGGCGGUUUUCGUCUACUUCUUCAGUGUCUCCGGCGCUAUGCACAACAUUAUCAGGAAAAUGCCGAUGUUCUUGGCGGACCGGAACGACCCGACGAAGCUGGUUUUCUUUUACCAGGGUUCGGGAAUGCAGCUGGGAACAGAGGGGUUUGCUAUCGGGUUCUUGUAUACUAUUGUCGGGUUGCUGCUGGCGUUUCUUACCAGGGUGCUUGUGAGGGUUAGGAAUGUGAAUGCGCAGCGGAUUGUUAUGCUUGUGGCGCUGGUGGUUUCGUUUUGGGCUGUGAAGAAGGUGGUGUAUUUGGAUAACUGGAAGACCGGGUAUGGUAUCCAUGCUUUCUGGCCUUCGAGCUGGAACUGAGGUUCGGUGAGGAUUUGGAUUCACCAAUUGGGGUUCUAUGAAAGGUGAAAUUUUAGAUUUUGUGGUUAGCAAAAACUUUGAUAAUGAAUUCGAGAGAAUAUGUUAAAUGCUGCUUUGGCAGCCUGCAGGGCUUUACAUUAUGUUUGAAUACUUACAAACUAUGUGUUAGUAAACUUUCUGAUUUUGAUUA